AUCUGUGUCAUUUGAAAACGAAAUGAAGGUCCUUGUAGCAGUUUCGGUUCUCGUAGCCUUCGUGUUGGCUGAACCCCCGCCAUCCAACAGCUACCUGCCCCCACCAUCCAACGGCUACCCCCAAGGGCCUCAGAGCUCCGCCCCCCAGGUGGUCGCAGCUAGGGCUCUGGACCAGGGCCGAGGCUCUCUAGCUAGGUCUGCGCCCCAUGGGGCUAGCGCUGCUGCUGCUUUUGGCAGGAGCAGUCCUCUAGGCCACGCUGGUCAUGGUGCCCAGGGAAGGUUCGCAGUCAACCCUGAGCAGGGCUACGAUCGCAACGCCAGUCCUUUCGGUCGGAAUGCUUUGGAAGAGUCUUCUGAACCAGCGAACUACAACUUUGGGUAUAUGGUGAAUGAUUACCAAGAGGGCACCGACUUUGGACACCAUGAAGAGAGGCAAGAGGAGAGGGCGCAGGGAGAAUACCAUGUUGUGUUGCCUGAUGGAAGGAAACAGACCGUGAGCUACGAAGCUGACGAACGCGGCUUCAAGCCACACAUCUCCUACGAAGAUUCCGAAUCUGACCUGACCCGCUCCGCUGGAUAUGACUCCAACGCCAACAACCUACGCUCUGCCAACCACGAUUCCGGCAGUCAAGGCUACCCCAACGGCGGUCACCAUGGCAACAGCUUCUCGAACGGCGGGAGUCACCAUGGCAACGGGUUUGCAAAUGGCGGACGCCACCAUGACAGCAAAAAUGGCGCGCGUUCUGGCUACUGACUCAGAUUCGAAGUUAUUUUAAUAAUUGGCUUUGUAUUAUUUACUGCUUAGUAUAAAAUUAUAGAUAUUUAUUCUACGGGAAGCACAAGCAAGUACAAAUUUAGUUGUAAGUUGCAAGAAUAAGCGAGAAAAUGCAAAAAUAUUCUAAUGAUUAUUAUAACCG